AUUCUUCCCCGCGAACGCCCGAGUGUCGUCUGGCCACAGGUCCUCCGUCGGCGUUGCUAAUUGUCUUCAUUUUAGAACCCUCGUUGCACAAUGGCCGGUGCAGCAGCUCGCAGUUUCAUGCUGGUAGGGCAGUGCAUAGCCCACGAGACCAAGAACGCGGCGAAAGUCCGUGUGAAGAAAUUGCAGUUUGAUGAGAGAUUACACAUGUAUUUUCCAAAACACUCCAACUUCUAUGCCCAUGACCCAGACAAGCAGUGCAAGGUUGGAGAUAUUGUCCUUAUCAAAGUAUUGCCUGAAAAAAUGACCAGAUUUAUUACACACUCCCUCGUCAAAGUUGUGUAUCCAUUUGGAGAUGUAACAGAUCCCAUCACUGGCAAGAAAUGUGUGGUUAGCAGUUACAGGGAGAACAUCGACAAACGUAAUGAGAUGUUUGGUGUGGCUGAAGAAGGAACCAGUAAAUUUGAUUAUGCAGAAGCACCAGAGAGAGGAUGGCAAGAGGGCAAGAAAGAUUUUACACACAAGGUUGGCUACAAGAAAUGGCACGAAUUUGAACCCGGCCAUCCACUCUAUAAUGAUCCUGUUGCUAGUUAGGUUGGCUGUAAUGAAAGUCGUUAACCUGCAACUUGUAUAUUUUGUAUUCAGAAAUUACAAAUGAAAUAUAUAGUGUGUCUUCUUCAAAGGCUGUAAAUACAGUGGGAUCAAGUUAUAUAAAAAAAGAUCUAGAUGGUAUGCUUUCUUUGGUUAUAAUUUUUUCUGUUUUGAGGGAAGUUUGUACUAGAAUCAGUUCAAGUGUAGACAAAUAGCAGUUUAUCAAAAUCUAAAUAAUUUUGUUAAAUUACAUGGGGAACACUUUUUUUUUUUUUUUUUUUUUUUUUUUUUUUUUUUUUUACUUAGGACUGCCUUUUAUCUAGAUUUUUUAUUGAUAUAAAAUAAUGUUACUGUAUUUAAGUAUUCACUUUGAGUAAAUCACGCAACAUUUCAUGAAGUUUUCAGAAUUGUAAAUAUUUUGUGCACAUUUAUAUGUUAAUGUAAGUGUUAAAAAUACACAUAAUUAUAUGU